AUGUCUUCAUAUAACGACAAUAACGCACCUACGAGAAGGCCAGAUAUCAAGAGGAAAUUAGUAGUGGUCGGCGAUGGUGGAUGCGGUAAAACAUGUUUAUUGACUGUAUAUGCUGAGAACCGUUUUCCAGAGGAAUACGUACCGACAGUAUUCGAGAACUUGAUAACGAUGAUACCAUCACCUACUGACCCGACGAAAAUAAUCGAAUUGGCAUUAUGGGACACAGCAGGACAAGAAGAUUUUGAUAGAUUAAGACCAUUAAGUUAUAAUGAUACGGACGUGAUUUUGAUUGUGUUCGCUUGUAAUCACAGACCUAGUUUAUUGAACGUUCAAGACAAGUGGUACCCCGAGAUGGCCCACUUCUGCGAGACGGUACCUUUGCUUCUGAUUUGUACGAAAACAGACUUACGUGCAGAUCCUCAAACUCAAUCGUUGAUGGCUGCACAAGGUACAAAUCCUAUAACAUCAAUAGAAGGAGAGAGGGUGGCUAAAGAAAUUGGAGCGAAGAGGUAUCUCGAAUGUUCAGCGAAAGAAGGAUGGGGCGUUAAAGAAGUUUUUGACGCUGCUGUGAGAGAAAGUUUGAAGAAAUCCUCAGGAAGAGGUAAAAUGAAGAAAUGCGUCAUACUGUAA